UUUUAUUCGUUAAAGUAUUAACUAAUUAUUCUGGAACUCUCUAUACAGUUUAUAUUAUAGACUUUCAAUACUGAUAAUGACUAUCAUUGUAGUCUAAAAUACCCAUAUUGCAUAGAAUAUUUCAGUAACAUUUUUUAAUUGUUUUUGCAAUAAUAUUAAAAUAAUUUAUGGAUAUUUUGACAUAUUCUAAAAAGAAAACCAUUAUUAUUCAUACCUUUUAUCCUUUUUCAGAGAAAGAAUAUAAUGUCUACUUGUCGUCCGUUACAUUAUGAUAAUCUUAGUAAAUAUCCCUAUAUCGACAAAUCCGUAUCCAUUCUUGAUACAGAUUUCAAGAAUAUUAAGAUGAAUAUAGAUUUUGUUUAUCAAUUUGUAAAAAAUAGUUAUCAAUAUGACGCUAUUGAUAAUUAUAACAAAUCUUACAUUACUGGCAUAAUUGGACCACCUAGAAUGAACUAUCGAUGUGAUAGAGAGUUUUCACAAGAAUCAGCUCGGGCAUAAGCAAGUAUCUCAAGAAUUAAAUAAUUAUAUUUACAUAGAUGAUUAUACACGUUUACAAUUUUAUAAACAAGGCUACAAGGGUUGCCUUUCAAUCAAAGAUUACUCGACUUAUGAGAAAUUUAUGGAAGAUCUUAAACUCUUAUGGGAUAAAUCCAAGGAAUCACGUGAUAUCUUUUCUCUGCUUUCUGACGAAAUAAUGUUGAAAAUAUUACAUAAUUUAGAUAUGAGAUCAUUGUGUCGCAUAAGCAGAGUUAAUAAACGCUUCAAUAAUUUAUCGCGGGAUCUUUUCCUUUAUACAAGUUUAAACAUACGUAAUAUAUACUUUACAUAUUGGCGCGCUAAUCUUUCUAAUUUAUUUGAUUAUUUUACGCCCAGAUGUAAACAUUUGACAUACUUAGAUCUGUCAUUUUGUUACUUUGAUGUUUGGAAAUUUAUUAUAUUUUUGUCCACUUGUGGUACGCUGUUAAAACGUCUAAUAUUAAGUUCCUGUCAAUCUAUCGAUGACUCUGCUCUACUUGAAAUUUCAAAGACGUAUCAAAUAUUAGAAGAUUUGGAUCUAAGUAUGUGUGGUCUCAUAAAUGAUGAAGGAUUUUCCCAUCUCGAAAACUUAAAGUGUCUGAAACGUUUACAUCUUGCAAAGAUACACAACAUACAAACAGAAACUCUUCGCAGAAUACUGCAGAGAAAUCGACAGAUGCGUGACUUAAAUUUACAAUCUACAGAGAGAAAUUUAAACAUAGACCAGGUUGCUAUAGAAUUGAAAAAUUCAUGUUUAAAUUUGAAAAGAAUAAAUUUAAAUAAUGCAUAUGGUAAUUUGACAUCAAAAGAUAUUAAUACUUUUGCUGAUUGCAAGAAUCUACAGGAAGUAAAUUUUGGAUUCAUUACCACUUUUAAAAAUAGUAGAGAGUACUAUUCCCGAAAUGAUUUAUCGGAACUAUCGAACAGCUUCCGUAGACUGUUCUCUUCUUGCCAAUGUUUGGAAAAAAUCGACUUGUCUUCCUAUUAUGGUUGUGAUAACUCUAUGAAUUUGGAAAUGUGCGAAAAUUUAAAAUAUUUGAACUUGAGUGCAGCACUGACACAUAAUACAUGUUUCAAAAUUUUGCAAUGUAAAAAACUGGAAAUAAUCAAUCUUCGCUAUAUAAGGGGUAUUAAUUAUAGCUUAAUUAACCAAUGGAGAGAAAGAUAUCAGAAUGUAAUUUUUAUCUAUAAAUAAUAAAUUUGCAUAAAUGGCAUAAACGAGUAUCUUAAGAAAUAAUCCUUGAAUAUAUUUAUAUGAAUAUCCCUUAACCCUAAGAUUCCUCUUUUAAAAAAUUGCCUGGGGUAGUAUUACCCCACGUUAUGUAUUUUAUUAAAACUUUUACAAAGCUCUACGCUUUUUUUAGAAUAUUCCAAUGAUGUUAUCUUAAACAAGGGCCGCCCUACUAAAAAAAUUCUUUUGAGAUCAUAAAUGAGAAAAUUUAGAUUUAUAUUGAAAAUUACAUUAUAUAUAUAUA